AUGUCUGGAACUACGCAGAAACUCCCAACGAUAACUACCAAGAAGGGAGUUGCGAACUCGACGGAGAAGGGAGGCAUUCUAACUACAACUACGGCUAGAGCGAUGAACACAACAGUCAAGUUAAGUAUCACAACGCAGAAGCCUGGGGUAUUGGAACAACAACUACCCUGGCAACAACAACAACAACAACAACAACAAAACCUGCCACGACCACAGUUGGAACAACAAUUAUCCAGGGUACAACGACCACAGUUGGAACGACAACUAUCCUUGCUACAACCAGCACGUCGAAACCAGCCACAACCGCAGCUGGAAUUACAUCAAACCCGGCAACCACCUUGCCGACAACAACUGCUGCAUCUACCGUUACCACAACUGCAGAUGCCAGCAAGAAGGCAUCCUCUGCUACGAUUAACGGGGCCUUUUUCGGUCCAGGAAUCAUCAACGGACCAACAACAGCACCAGCAGCUACAACAGUAA